AUGGUCAACCCAAGCAAAAUUAUCUCUUCUUUGUUCGCAUUUGGCUUUGUUAGCCGAUGCCAUGCCGAGUACAGCGAAGCAACUCAGACAGUAACUUAUGUCCCUAUUGUCGAGGAGUGGGCAGGCGAGGGCUCCAGUCUCACCGUGAACUUUGAUCUCAUCAACUUCAACUACAUAUCGCUUUAUAACGGAACCAGCGCGCAAAGUAAACGCACCCAGAGCAAAGAAACUAUGAGAACGGCAACUGUCAUCGGCUCUGAAGCCUCUACCAUCGUCACGACUAGCUCAUCUCCCAAACUGUACAACUUUAUUGCUGGCAUGAUUGAGGGCAAGUCCGACGCUAACUCUUGCGGUUUGACCGUUGGGGUCAACACUGAAAACAACUACUUUCUGGGUCACGCCUACAAAGCGACGACAAGUGGCUCGAGCUGCCAUACUAAGACCGAGGGAAAGACUAUUCUGUCGGGCGUGGAGAAGUGUGCUAAUCGCCUGCACGAGUACGGUGCUACUCGUGGCUGCUGCACUCUCACUCUUGGUGGCACUUGGACUGGUCACUUACGUCUCACUGCUGAGCCUAUCGAAUAUCCGGCGACUUCUGCUACUUGUUAG